GAGAUGCUCAAUCUCCUGCCAUUGCUUCUUGCAAGAUUGUUGCAACCUUUCUCCUUAAAGCUAAUACUCUUAGUCAUUUUCCUCGUCAUAUUAUACAAAUUAUCUACCACCACCACAAACCCAUCAUCAGUACCGCCUUCUCCACCAAAGCUGCCUGUGAUUGGAAACCUUCACCAACUAGGCUUGUAUCCUCAUCGCUCUCUUCAAGCCCUAGCUCAACGCUAUGGACCUCUCAUGCUGCUCCACUUCGGAAGUAAGCCUGUGCUCGUGGUCUCCUCGUCUGAGGCUGCCCGCGAGAUCCUGAAAAACCAUGACUUGGUCUUCUCUGACCGGCCCAAGUUCGUCUUCUUCAAGAAGAUGUUCUACAACUGCAAAGACAUCGUAACAUCACCUUAUGGCGAGUACUGGAGGCAGAUGAGAAGUACUUGUGUCUUGAAUCUUUUGAGCAACAAGAGGGUUCGAUCUUUCCGUGCUGUGAGAGAGGAGGAAAUAAGUUUACUUAUCAGCAAGAUAAAACAGUCCUGUAAUUCCUCCUCCUCCUCUGCUGAAUCACCAGCCGUGAACUUAAGCGAAAUGCUUUCGACGCUUACUAGUGAUGUGAUCUGCAGAGUUGCUAUGGGGAGAAAAUACAGUGAUAGUGGAGAAGGUCGUGGGAGAAUGUUUAUGGAGCUUUCCACGGAGAUCAAUGAGCUAUUUGCGCGUGUUAAUAUUGGUGAUUAUAUUCCAUGGCUUUCUUGGGUGAGCCGUAUCAAUGGUUUGGACGCUGAGUUAGACAGUUUGGCCAAAAGAUUCGACGAGUUUUUGGAUUUGGUUGUUCAAGACCAUAUAGAUAGUUCCAAUAAGACUGGAGGUGAUCAUUUAGCUGACAAAGUCCACCAAGAUUUUGUGGACGUUUUGCUUUCGGUUCAGAAAGAAAACUCUACUGGUUUUGCUCUUGAGCGAGUUGGCAUAAAGGCUAUCAUAUUGGAUAUGUUUGUUGCUGGCAGUGAUACUACGUUUACUGUCUUGGAGUGGGCAAUGUCAGAGCUUUUGAAACAUCCACAAAACAUGAAGAAGUUGCAAAAUGAGGUGAGGAAAAUAGUCGGGGAUAAAGCAUAUGUAACAGAAGAUGAUUUGGUAAGCAUGCACUACUUGAGAGCGGUAAUCAAGGAGACUCUUCGUUUACAUCCACCGGUUCCGUUGUUACUUCCCAGGAUGGCGACACAAGAUGUGAAAGUAAAUGGUUACAAUAUUAAGGCCAAUACUCAAGUUCUGGUGAAUGCAUGGCAAAUCGGAAGAGAUCCCAAGUCGUACAACAAACCAGAGAAGUAUGAGCCAGAGAGGUUCUUGAAUAGUGAGAUAGAUUUCAAGGGGACCGACUUUGAAUUGAUCCCAUUCGGUGCUGGUAGACGAGGCUGCCCAGGAAUUCCGUUUGGUAUGAUUGUUAUUGAGAUUGCUCUGGCAAGUUUAGUACACAACUUCACUUGGUCAUUGCCUGGUGAUGAAAAAUUGGAGAACUUAGACAUGACUGAGUUCACUGGUGCAGUCGUACAUAGAAAGUAUCCUCUUAUAGCCGUUGCCAUUCCGCAUUCUUGCUGA